GUUGCCUAGUGACGAAAAACUAUCGGCUGCUGCUGAUUUCCUGCGUUUCAAAAUCUCGUCGCUGCCACUGAGCUAACUAACUAACUACUGCGAAGUUUCCCCACACAGACUCCAUGUGUUUCUCUGUGACUCUGCAGCCGGACUAUGGGCCGGAAUAAAAACCUAAUGGUCGCUGGAUGUGUCGUGUAAUGUUUGAGAAGCGUGCGAGGUCGCGGUAUGAAGCGUUUUGAAGAAUGAUGAAUAAUUAUAUUUUCAUCAGGGUCGUCGGGAGAGGGAGCUAUGGGGAGGUGAACUUGGUGAAACACAGAGCAGACCGAAAACAGUAUGUUAUUAAGAAGCUGAAUUUAACCACCUCCACCAAGCGGGAACGGCGUGCUGCUGAGCAGGAGGCGCAGCUUCUCUCCGAGCUGCGACAUCCUAACAUUGUGACAUACAGGGAGUCUUGGGAGGGAGACGACUGCCAGCUGUACAUUGCGAUGGGUUUCUGUGAAGGCGGUGACCUUUAUCAUCGGCUCAAACAGCAAAAGGGCGAACUGUUACCUGAGAGGCAGGUGGUGGAGUGGUUUGUUCAGAUAGCCAUGGCCCUCCAGUACCUGCAUGAAAGGAACAUUCUUCACCGGGACCUUAAAACACAGAACAUCUUCCUGACAAAGACCAACAUCAUCAAAGUUGGGGACCUUGGCAUCGCCCGAGUACUGGAAAACCAGAAUGACAUGGCCAGCACCCUCAUAGGGACCCCUUACUAUAUGAGUCCAGAGCUUUUCUCUAAUAAACCCUAUAACCACAAGUCAGACGUAUGGGCCCUGGGUUGCUGUGUGUAUGAAAUGUCCACGCUGAAACAUGCGUUCAAUGCCAAGGACAUGAACUCCCUGGUCUAUCGCAUAGUACAAGGAAAGCUGCCUCAGAUGCCCAGUAGAUAUGAUCCCCAGCUGGGAGAGCUGAUCAAGAGCAUGCUGUGUAAGAGACCUGACGACAGGCCUGAUGUCAAACUCAUCCUCCGGCAGCCGUACAUCAAACGGCAAAUUGCCAUGUUCCUGGAGGCCACUAAAGAAAAAACUGCCAAGUCAAGAAAGAAAGCUGUCGGUGGCAGUGGUGAUUCUAGGGCCAACAGCGCAUCGUCUGUGUCGUCUCAACCAAAACCUGAGAAAAGUCCCCAGCAUGAACCUCUAGUCAGGGUGAAACUGAAAGAAGAGAAAUCACAGCAACAUAAAGUUCGGAACGGCCUCGCUGACUGCACUCCAGUCCAAACACCUCUGCCACCCAAACCCUCCUCACCUGAUUCUCUCAAAGCCAGCAUUGUAUCCCUGGCAACCAUUAGCAACAUUAAUAUUGAUAUCCAACCACAGGAGGACGAGGAACCGAUGAGGAGACAGGUGCAGGGGCCCCAGUCAGUUGUGUCGCACCACCGAGCAGGUAAUGAACUUGUGUACAAAGACAGAAAGGGACGAGGGAAACCAGAUCCUUCUCCCCCUCCUUCCCCCGUUAACCCCCCUCUGAAGAAGUCUGUAUCAGGUGUUGGUACUGGGGGAGGUGACGAGAGGAAGGCACCUAAUGGACUGUUAGACAAUCGUCCACAGACCAGGCCGAGCCCUGGGGAUACAUUUUCUGUCUGUGGGGAGAAACAGAUGUCAGAUGUGGAUGAUAAGGAUGAUACCAUGGAGUUACUUAAAGAGGCUGAAAUGCAGAACCCAGUGCUCAAAGUGGAGAAAGAGGCUUUUUCUCUCCCUGCACACGAAUCCAGUAUAGAAAAUAUCGGAGCUGUUGUGGAAGUGAAUAUAGACAAUAAAAAUGACACUGGUACCCUUCUCAAGGGAGCUCCGACGCAAUACCAUACCUCAGACAUCCAAGAAAACCUAGAAUCUACUGAAAAGCUGUUAGAGCCGUUCCCUCCAACAUUGGACCCCCUUCAGGAGGAAUCUCCCUCACCAGCCAGUAAUCCGGGUGUGACCACUGUAUGCCAAACACCCCUGUACUUUUCAUCAGAACCUUCUGUAUCAUGGCAGCACAGAGGGAGGGACAUAAGACGGACACCUGGGGAUCAGGAAAAGUUCAAGGUGGCUGCUCCUAGACCUUUACCUCCACCUCCUGUUGAGAGCAUAGCCGUGGAGGGGAGGAAGAGAAGCAGGAGGAGCACAGAGAGCAAGAAAGCUGGUGUAGCUGCAACCUCCACAUCAGUUGGGUCCUAUAAGGACGGAUUAUUACCACUGCCACAGGAUCGUCCUCUUUCUGCCAGAGAAAGAAGAAGACUGAGGCAGUCCCAAGAGAGUGUGAGCCAACCAGGUGUUAGUGGUGUAAGAAGGGCAUCUUAUGAUGUCACUUCCACCAAGGAUGAGCACUACAAUGCCCCAGUGACCAGAUCUGUUUCAGCCACUCUCCCUGAGACCAACAAUAAGCAGGAUAAGCUGCCGGAGCGAAGGUCAGAUGAAGAUGAUUGCAACUCGUCCACAAGUUCCACAGAACGUUCGGAGGGAGACUGCAGGGAAAAGAAGACUGAAUCCAACGACAUGCAGGAUUUAGUUCACAUGAUGACCCAAACUUUGAGAAUGGAUAUCGGAGAUGGUGGAAGUGAGCCGGACAAAGGCAGGUUUGGCUCUACUGCACUGCCAGAAUUUAAGCUGAACAGGAAGUACAGGGACACCCUGGUGCUUCAUGGGAAGGCUCGAGAAGAAGCAGAGAACCUGUCACUCGGUGAAAUACCAAUAGGCUCCUCGUCUGGUCCAGCCAAGAUCAGGAGAGCUAUAGAACACCUGAGGACAGAUGUGGUGAAGGGCCUGGGGGUCAAGUUGCUGGACAGAGUCCUGGAAAUCAUGGAGGAGGAGGAUGACACCAAACGCGAGUUGUGCCUUCGAGACCAGAUGGGGGAUGAGAAGUACCAAGCUUAUGCUGUGAUGGUGAGGCAGCUGAAAUUCUUUGAGGAUAUCGCCUUCCAGGUUUAGAGAAAACGCUGUAUACAAGGGAGCAUACACAUUUGCAUUUCCAUGACACCAUUUGUUAGAAAGUGGUCACAAGAGGCAAGCAUCUGGACACAUCUUGUACAAAAGGAAACUUGAAAGAGAAGAGAAAUGUGAAAGCCAGUAGUUGUGUGGCAUUGCAACUUUUUUCCUCCUGCUUGCAUGCAAAUCAUCAUUUAUGCUUCCACGUUUUGUCAUGCAAAUUGCCACAAUACAGCUGCUCUUGUUAUGUAAAUAAUUGUGAAAAGUUUUUUUUUUUUUUUUUUUUACUUCAACCAUAGAAUUUGUAAUGGAUCCUGUAAUUUUCUGGAUGUCUAUGCAAACGUUUCGAGUCAUGUUAUAGCACUCUUCUUUACACUUUCUGUAGCGGAUACUCAUUUGUUUAUUUAUAAUGCAGUAAUUUCAAUAAUUGCUUAACAUAUGCUGUAUCUUUGAAGACGCUAGAUCUCACUUCUGCUGCUGUGUUGUAUUUUCUUAAACACAAAAUAAUGUAAUGUAGAAUAAUGCAUUGAGGAUAUUAACAUUUGAAUGAUUUCUAAUAAAU